GAGCUAUUAAUUUUUAUAAAAUUAAUUGUUAAUCUGUUAUUAUUAAACAAAAUUUUUUUUAUUUCUUUAAUUUGAAUAUUUUUUUUUUUUUUAAUUUUAUUUUAUAUUUUUUCUGCUUGAUGAAAAAGGUGACAAAUUUGGACGCCUUUUUGUAUAUCGAAAUAUAAUAUAUUUAUUUUAAAAUUUCAUCUACAGAGGAAAAGCAUCAGUUUACUGUAAUGUGUUUGGCUUCAUUUAUUAAGUUCUUAAAUGCAUUGACAUUCUUUACGGCCACGUUACAGGGCAUGGAGAUAUAUCCCACCUGUAUGCGUCAGACUGGUUGUGCUUUUGGCACUAUUUUGGCAAAUUCCGCUGGUGUUUUAUCACCUUAUCUGGUGUAUUUAAGUAUCACCGUUGACAUACGCAGUCCGUAUUAUUUCUUGAGUAUUUUAUUUUUUAUUGCUGCUGUUAUUUGUCUUUUCCUACCCGAGACUUUGCAUAAAAAACUGCCUGACACUUUGGAGGAGGCAAAACAGUUUGGUGUAAAUGAUGUAAGUUUUAAAUUUUUUAGUUUACCAAAAGCACCGCAAGGAAAUGUUGAUUCAAUGGGUGAAAGACAAGCUGCAGAACUAUCGGUAUUUGAGAAGCUAAAUCAAGACCAAUAUGCAUCCUAA